AUGGCUGAAUAUUGCUGUCAUUUUCACCAACCCAUCUCACUUAUGGUGUUACUCCCUGCUGUUGGCAGGUGGAAAGACACUGGCAAUCGCAUGCGGGCCAAGGAGGCUGGAGGGUGGUGGACGGGGUACGUGCUGCUGGUGAACACCCACAACUGGCUCAACCGAACCGUCACUAACCGAUUCUCCUGGUGGCACCACCUCACUCUCAUUGCAUCAGACAACAUGCCCAACGCCAGCAAGGGGCUCGUGCUCUUCUUCAUUGGUGCGGGGUGGAGCGAUGACGGCAGGGACGACCGCGGGUACCAUGUCCCGAAAGCGAAUGCCGUGUUCAUCGGCGUUGCUGCUCCGCUGGUGGUGGAUCUGGGAAUCAUGGGCGUGAUGCUGCACGAGGAGCCAAUGAUGCCCAUCACCUUUCACGUCACUCCACCUGGCAUCAGCAGCAGCAGGGGCCAGAAGCUUCAGGAGGAGGAGAUCAUCUCAUUCACCCUAGCAAUGGCUCUGCAAGACCCCACCACCCCCGAGUGGCCCAUCUACAUGCCCAUGGCCAAGUCGGUCAUACGAGCCAUGGACGCUGCACAGCUCGCUGCCAGAGAGCUGAUUCCCCAUGUGCCGAUGGAGGGCUUUGUGACUGUUGGAGUGAGCAAGCGCGCAUGUAUGGCUUGGCUCUCUGCUGCUCUCGAUAAGCGAGUGGUGGCCUUCAUAUCGUACGGAUACGAUCUCAUCAACUUCCAGCCCAACAUGCAGCACUUGCUCGACUCCCUGGGGGCCGUGCCCAUCCUGGGGCGGUUCUAUGCAGAUUACAACCUCACUCACAUGCUGCACUCGCCACAGAUGCGCCACAUCAUGAGCUACACGGAUCCAUACUUCUUCCGGGACCGCCUGACCAUGCCGAAGCUGCUCAUUGCCGCUUCCAACGACGAAUUCUUCUCCAUGGAUGACUCCUACUUCUAUUUCAACGACCUGCCAGCCCCCACGCUGUUCAAGAUCGUGGCCAACCUCGAUCACAUGGUCAUUCAGAUGUCGCAGUGGGCCUAUGAUGCGUCCCUCUCCGUCUUCUCCUCUCUCCUCCACAUCAACUCCUCCUGUGCCUCUCUCCCCGCCUCCUCCCGCCCUUCCCUCACCUGGACCCAUCCCAUCCCCACCCCUACCACCUCCUCCUCCUCAUCCUCACUCACUCAAAACCGUCUUCCUUCAAGUCUCUCAGAGGAAGAUGCAGGAGCAGCAGCGGCGGCGGCGGCGGUAGCAGCGGCGGCAGCAGCACACACCCGCCCCUGGAGUUGCGUUCCCAGGCUGCCAGCUGUCGACUGGCCGCGGCUGACGUGGCGUUUUGAUUGGUCCACGUUCACUAUUCAUGCCACGUCAGACAGGAAUCCACUGGCGGUUAGAGCAUGGACGGGGCACACCAGUCAGGGCAGCAAGAGGCGAGACUUCCGAUUCAACGUCAAGCAGGGGCUCACCGGGUGCACGGUGCCCUUCACAAGUUUACCGAAGUCCUAUAUAGCCAAGUUCGGCACGCUCUGUGUGCAGCCCAUUCCGUUCUCCCAGUAUGCCGUCUCGCCACCCACCCUGCAGCCUGACGGGCUCUGGCACUUCAGCUCAGCCGUCAAAGACAUUCCCAAGGUGGGAUAUCGAGCGAUGUUUAUCGAGGUCGAUUUCAACCAUGGGCCCUACCAUAAGCCGCUCGUCCUCACCCAAUACGCUCUCACUCUGCUGUCUCCCCCACUUGCGCUCUGUUUGUUGCUCUGCCGCACAGGUGGGAUAUCGAGCGAUGUUUAUCGAGGUCGAUUUCAACCAUGGGCCCUACCAUAA